AUGGAUUUCACACAGUAUCAGCACUACAUUCCGCAAUUCAUGCUGCGAAGAUUUGCCGUAGAUCAACCAAUAAACCCUUCUAAAGUUUCGAAAUCCGACCAAAAGAAGGAGAAGGACCGUUACAAAUACAACUGCACCAUCAAAGUCUUAAAUUUAGGAGCAAUUCCACCUGAGAUAACGGAUGAUCUUGUGCGAAAGACUUUUGGUCGACGAGGUAUGUACAACAACGGCCUUGACGACCGGAUUGAAAAGAAGUUGGCAAAUAUCGAGCAAAACGUAUCCCAAAUUAUAGCACGAGUUUUGGAUGCACAUAAAGCAGGCAAGGAUGGAAUAUCUCUCGUGCGCUCUGAAAAAGACUUGUUGCGCAAGUUCCAGUUCGUUAUGAGAUACCGUUCUCCAAUCUUCUUUGAUCGCUUCAAUCAUCAAACCGCCGAAGAUUACAAUUCAGACGAUAAGGAAGAGUUCAAAAAAUACAUGAGAGACCUUGAAGAAUCACGUCCACUCGAUGUAUGGUUCCACAAUCUGAAAAAGAUGAUCGAUAUAGCUAUGGAUCCAGAGUGUCAUUGGGUAGAGGAACUUCGGAAGGCGAUCUACCCCAAUGAUGCGGAUUGGUUCAUUGAAAACAUUCAAUCCAUGUAUAUGGCCUUUGUUACGCCCUUAGACCCCAAGGAAGAAUUCAUUAUAACAGAAAACGCAUUCGGCAUUCAUGAAGGCCCUGUUAGCUACGUGGACAGGUUCACAGGCGAGAAGAAACGAAUAGCCUACCCGGAGUUUCAUUUGCUUACAGUCAUCUCACCCCGACUCGCUAUCGUUUUCCGUAAUAAAAGUUUGCCAGAGCCACACGAAGACGACGAUCUUGAGCUCCGUAAGCUGAAGUUACUCAGGUUGGCUACGAUGGCACAGAUGCACGCGGAUCCAGAGAACGUAACAUCCUUACUCGAGGAUCUUCCUAUCGCAAGAGCUCGACGGCCCGAGCUGGCUGAAGAUGCCGACGGAGUGCUGAGAAUGGAUGACAAAUUCGACUUCGUUUUCUUUCCCAUCAACAGCAAACAUGUUCAGACAAUCAAUAUGAUGAUGCUAGACGAAGCAUACGAGAUUGAAAAAUUAGCUUUUAGGUCCGAGGCAGCACUUCUAAAGGCCAUAGAAUUCUAUCUGGAAUAUCCGUGUCUGACACGAGGACUUUAUUCGAGGAAAACGGUCAGCUACAAACCUGAUGACCCGAAGUUGAGACACUUGAAAAAGAUGGAGCAUGUAGCCCGUAUGUUGGGGUCUAGUGCGACCGCCAAGUACCAUGUGGAU